GGGCCAGAAUUAAUAAAUGACUUGUGGGAACUUUUGCGACCUCACAGACUUUAAUCAUUGUCAAAUCACGUAAGCGGACAGAGGACUCUGGAUAUAUUGUAUAGGCUUUGGUCUCACAGUGUAGGAUUUCAUCUGACAGUGGACCCAUGCUUCUCUAGCCCGCUCAUUUAACAUCAUGGCACGACAAUUACUGUUGUGGUUCAGCCUUUAAAUGCUUACGUGGGAGUUGUUCUACGCAUUUCUCAAGAGGAUCCGACACCAUGAGGAAAGUCUACAGCCUGGUUAGUCUCUCUAAAAACAGGGAAUCAAAAGAUGCUGUGAUAUCGCUUAACAUCAAGCAAAUCCAGUAUCCUGAGCAAACGCGAGAAUUCGACAGUCGAUUAACAAAGACGGGACGCCGCUCCCUGUCCCACUCCAUUUCUCAUUCCUCUACAGACAGCAACAGCUCAGGGGGCUCAGAUGCAGAAAGUCCAGAAGAUGAGGUCUCUCCUCGAGACGUGCAACAGAUCAACUCUAAAGGGAGCAGGGACUUCUGCAUCAAAAACAUCAAACUGGCAGACUUUGGCCGUCGAGAGAUAGAACUUGCCGAGGAUGAGAUGACUGCACUAAUGGCCUUGAGAAAAGCUGCCCAGGGUGAGAAACCAUUGUCAGGAGCUAAAAUAGUGGGAUGCACCCACGUCACGGCCCAGACAGCUGUGCUGUUUGAGACUCUGGGGGUAUUAGGGGCUCAGUGUAGGUGGGCAGCCUGCAAUAUUUACUCCACUCAGGAUGAAGUGGCUGCUGCUUUAGCAGAGCAAGAUUUUCCAGUGUUUGCAUGGAAGGGAGAAUCUGAGGAUGACUUCUGGUGGUGUAUUGAUCGCUGUGUGAAUGUAGACGGCUGGGAGCCAAACAUGAUCCUCGAUGACGGAGGAGAUAUGACACAUUGGAUUUACAAGAAAUAUCCUCACCUCUUCAAGAAAGUCAAGGGUAUUGUUGAAGAAAGUAUCACAGGCAUUCACAGACUUCAUCACCUCUCUAAAGCUGGAAAACUAUGUGUGCCAGCCAUAAAUGUGAACGACUCGGUCACUAAACAAAAGUUUGACAAUCUCUACUGCUGCAGGGAGUCCAUUCUGGAUAGUCUGAAAAAGACCGCUGAUAUCAUGUUUGGGGGAAAGCAGGUGGCUGUAUGUGGAUAUGGAGAGGUGGGAAAAGGUUGUUCUGCAGCUCUGAAAGCGAUGGGAUCUGUGGUGUAUGUAACCGAAAUCGACCCCAUCUGUGCUCUACAAGCAUGCAUGGAUGGCUUUCGAUUGAACAAACUAGGUGAUGUUGUGAGACAAGUGGACAUGGUCAUCACCUGCACAGGUAACAAAAACGUUGUUGUGCGGGAACACAUGGACCUCAUGAAGAAUGGCUGCGUUGUCUGCAACAUGGGACGCUCUAAUACAGAAAUCGAUAUUAGCAGUCUAAGAACCCCAGAGUUAGUAUGGCAGCAUGUGAGAGCGCAAGUGGAUCACAUUAUUUGGCCUGAUGGCAGGAGAAUAGUCCUCCUUGCAGAGGGCCGUGUGCUUAAUCUAAGCUCCUCCACUGUACCCAUAUACGUGCUUUCCAUCACAGCCACCACACAGGCUUUGGCAUUGAUCGAGCUCUUUAAUGCCCCGGAGGGCCGUUACAAGCAAGACGUCUAUCUCCUUCCAAAGAAACUGGAUGAGUAUGUUGCAAGCCUGCACCUGCUUACUUUUGACGCACACCUGACUGAGCUCACCGAUGAACAAGCCAAAUACAUGGGCUUGAGUAAAUAUGGCCCCUUCAAACCCAGUUACUACAGGUGA